CAGACCAAUUUUUCUCCCAUUUAAUUCGUCGUUUUUCCCGCGACCGCGCCGCGUCGAGCGCAACGAUGGCGAUCGCGCUGGCUGUGCUGCUGGCUUGCUGCGCCUCCGCGGCAGUCGCGCAGUUCGAAAAUGGAAUUUCGUUCAGCGAGGGGAGCACGAACGCGGCUAAGCCCACGCAAUCGGCGGCGACAACGUUUAUCGUUAACCAGCAAAACUGCAGGUGUGUACUCAUUGGCACCUGCGCAUUCAACGGAAACAAUGGGAUCGACAUCAGGAUAGUCAACGUCGGAACUACCCCGUCACCCUGUCAAACUGGUUACCAAUCGUGCUGCACACCGCCGACCAGUCAACCGAGUACAGUACCACCGGCGGACACCACCUGUGGAAUUCGUAAGAUACCAGUGACGCGUCAGCCAGUCGUCGGACAAGCGAGCUUCGGAGCUUACCCCUGGCAGGCGGCACUUCUCACGAAGGCUGGCGAAAAUUAUCUCGGCUCGGGUGUUCUUAUGGAUGCCACGCAUGUCGUUACUGCUGCCCAUAAAGUCGCUGCUUACGCAAACAAUCCCGAGGCGAUGCUGGUGCGCCUAGGGGAUUGGAAUGGACGAGCGAGCACCGAGCCGUACCAACCUGUAUCGGUGAAUGUCGCGCGAGUCGUCCUCCAUCCGAACUUUAACUCGGUCAAUCUGGAUAACGACGUGGCUGUGAUAAGGCUCAACGGUGUCGUUCCCAUCGCGUCUUAUCCCAACAUCAACACCGCUUGCAAGCCUACUGCUGCAGUUGUUGCUAAUCAGAGGUGUUACGUUUCCGGAUGGGGUAAAAAUGCAUUUGCUCCGAAUGGCCAAUAUCAAGCGAUUAUGAGAGAAGUAGAUGUACCCAUUAUCGACCAAGCUAGCUGUGAGGCUCGCUUGAGACAGACAAGGCUUGGACCUAAUUUUGUAUUAAAUAGAAACAGUUUUAUUUGCGCUGGUGGUGAAUCUGGAAAAGACGCUUGCACGGGUGACGGAGGUUCACCGUUAGUAUGUCAAACAAACACCGGCCAGUGGCAAGUGGUCGGACUUGUCGCCUGGGGCAUUGGCUGCGCGAACACAAAUGUGCCAGGCGUCUACACCAACUUCUGGAACUUUUUGCCUUGGAUUAAUGCUGCUAUAACGACGGCGUGA